AUGAAUGCUAUCAAGUCCACCAUUCUAGACAACCUCGCCACCAACCCGGUGGUGAAGGAGGUCAUAGACAUUGCCACAUACUCCGGCGAUCGCAUGGAACGACUCAAAAACGUCGCAUUGAAUGACAAUCAAAACCACAAGCUCCGCCACAUUCUAAAGCAUUUCCUCACCCCUAGCAUUAAGCCGAUUUUUGUCGAUGAUCAUAAUCCGACUUCACAUCAUGACGACAGGGUCCCCGAUGACUGGUUGGCCAUGGUCGAGCAAGACUUGAAGAUGCCUUUCCGCAUGUUCGAUGUCGAGACCAGAAACAUGGUCCCCACCUACAACCUCGGGAUGAAUGACCAGUACUGUAUUGUUUCUCAUAGCUGGAAAGGCUCUGAGAUUGGCUAUGGAUACUUUGCCAAUGCCCGAACAUUGGAUCCCAAGAAAGGGUCCCAGGCUGGUACCCAAGCCCAGGAGGGAAGGUCAAACUCGAACGAUCUGAGCAAUGUCAUCAAUAAUUGCAGAUCCGACAUUGAUCAGUUAGAAAAGAGUCUUGAGGCUGCGCUUGCAAAUGUCAUUCCCACAGAUGAUGGACAACGACCAGCAGAUAUUGAAAUGCUUCUCCAAUGGUUUAUCGAUGCUAGUGGUGCUGAGUAUGCCCUUGGUGGAGCACAAAAGUCUCUCCAUGAUGCUACAGGAAACCUUUCGAGCGCCGAACGAGAGGCAGACUAUUACAAUGAUCUAUGGGCCAAACUCGAUCAAGCCGAUGAUUUCGGGUCUCGUGCCCCGAAGACUGAUGAAACGCCGGAAAAAGAAUCCAAGUCAUCGGAGGAGAAUGAAGAGAGAAAGGAAAAGACAGAGGUCCACAAGGCAAUUGAUCUCCUGAGAAAAGACGCAUCUGCCCAACACAAAAAGGCAGAAGAGAACUUCCAGGCCGCCUCAACAGCAAGAGAAAAAGCGAGCAGCACAAUUAAGUUCUUUGACGACAACCGCGAACUAUGCUACGGAAUCGAGAAAUUGAUGACUUCUCUCCAACAUAUCCGAUCCUCUCGCAAAAUUGACAAUUCAAUCACCCAAGCCAAAAAGUUGUUUGAUGAGCAUUUCCCCAAAGGCGGAAAGCGAUAUGUCUGGCUCGAUACUUGCUGUAUCAACAAAGCAGAUAGUUAUGAAUUGACCGAGUCCUUGGCUUUGAUGGGUGACUGGUAUGCCAAUGCCGACUUUUGUCUGGUUCACCUGGACACCCCUCGGUCAGAGUCUUCGUGGAUUGAAGAAUGGAAACAUUGGAAGACUGAUUCUCACGAACCCAUCGAAGUCAACAUGAAGACUUUCGAUACAAUUGGCUCCGGGGCAGACGCGACCGAGAAAGCCAGGAACCAGGUGGAAUGGGCAACGCGUGGAUGGACGUUGCAAGAAUUGGUUCUCAGCAAAGUCACCUACUAUGUCAAUUCGCACUGGGAGAAUCUGGCCAGACCCAUUGAGCACAUUGGUCCCUUCUACCACCUUCGUCCCUUCAUCCAACGCUAUCGAAAUCACCCAUUUGUCCUCCAACUCAAAUCUAUUCCAGCUGAGCAAAUUGAAACACUUGAGAAGCUGUUGGAGGGGGAUGUCAUUAAAGCGGAGAUGCCUCAGGAGCAAAAGCUCUCUCUCAUGCUUCAACUCCUAUCAUUCUCGCCGCCGAAACACCUAAAAGAGAAAAUGGCGGAAGCCCAAAUUGGAAAGGCAGUUCUGACAGCCAGUACCAAGCUGCCUACCCUACUGAAAUCCUUGGCUGAAAGCAAGCAAGACGUUGAUUUGUCCUGUCUUUCCAACCUCAUGGAUCAAGAACAAAAUCUCAAUGAAAGAAUUGCCGUGUUCAAUCAUAUGUUGACGAAGUUGGUUGAUUUGACCGAUGAGGCUAUUCUUGAGGACCGGAAGGCUAUUUCCAAGUUCAGCCAAGUCGAGAACAUGACCAACUGGAUCACUGGAGAUGGCCUCUUGGAUUCCUCUGCUAGUACAUCCCUGGUAACGGCAUCCUCACGACAAACCACGGUUCCGACUGAUCAAGCGUACUCUUUGAUGGGUAUUCUUGGUGUGCGAUUCCCUGCUUUUCCAGCAGAGGGUCUUCCCAAGGCCCUGUCCCGGCUGCUUGAUGAGGUAGUUGUCUCAUACAACGAUGUUUCGGUCUUCAAUUGGACUGGCAAGCACCACGGCAGUCCCCUGCACGGACGAUCGCUGUAUCCUGCAGCCAUUGAUGCGUUCCUGGAUCCUGUGAAAAACGAAAAGCUGAAAGCCAAGGCAAAGACCAAUCAGCAAAUUAUCAAGUUGUUCAGGGACCAGCGGGUGCGUCGGAGUGAAAUUGCUACCAAUGUCAACGCAAUCGUUGCCGAGAUUCUGAAAACUGUCAAGGAGAUGCCGGAUGGUCAUCCGCUAUUCAGUGAUCUGGAGUACCUCGGGAGCAAGAUCAAGCUCGCCGAGUUUGAUAAACUUGAGCCCUGUAUCGAGAACCUGAAAGAGGUUGCUGCGUACCUUCAGGAACAACUGGGAGAUAUCAAAUCGGAAGAUGAGACAGCGAAGAAGGCCAAAAAUAGUGUGGAUCAGACACCAGACAACAAGGUAAACCCAAGCAAUGAGAAGCCCGGAAGAUUUGGCUUUGGGCGAAUGAAUUCAUUGCCCAAGUCAGUCAAGUCGUUUGAAAUAUCAAAGCUGCCCUUUGGGAAGAAAGCACCCGCUGUGCAGGAAAUUGAAGCCGAAGCACCUUCCGAAGCCACCACGUCGGUAGACGAUGACUCAAUUUCAAAGGCAAAAAACCCAUGCUCUGGAUAUAAUCAUGCCGAGGAACCUUUGGAAACAUACAUCCGACAUGUACUUGAUGUCCUUGAUUAUAAUGCUGCAUCAUACGGAAAGCCAAGUCGUGCGUCUGAGGCACAAAAGAAGGGCAACUCCAACAACGAUACAAAGCAUCCAACCGGUCACAUGGACGAUUGGCAAUCCUCAGACAAAAGAAUGGUUUGCCCCAACCCAGUCACAGUGAGCACUGCCGGUAUUCGAGGCAUCUUUGAUGUCCAAAGAAUCAUUGUCGAUAUGAUUGAGCCACAGGUGCUUCGUUCACGAAUCAAAAGUGCUGUCAGUGGCCAGUUCAUCGAUGGCUGGUGCACCAUCAGCACUGGUUUUGCUGUGACCCUGGUUGCAUUCUCCUGCGAACGUGACAUGCUUAAGCAGCAACUUGAUCUGGUGGAGGUCAUCAAGCGGAACUUCGAAGAGAAGAAGAAGACCACUGAUUCUGACCGCAAGGCUUCUGAAAAUACGGACAGUGCAGCAACCACUAACAGUACGCAGAGUGCUGUACCAGUGGCCAAUUCUGAAGGCAAUUCUGAAUCUCCAUCGAAGUAUACUUCUUUCCUGAGCCAAGUCAGCCCCGAAAAGAGCUACGAGCAAAGGAAGGUCUCCCGUAUGAUUUCAUUUGUGCAGAAGCCCGAUCUUCACAGUAUUGCAGGUGAAUGGGUUCUUGCGAGAUUUACAGGUGUUCCCGGGGCCAGAUGGUACCUCUGCCGGCUGGAACUUGGUGCUGGAAAUGAUUUCUAUGGGCGGCGGAUUCCCACAGAUGCGUUCAGCUUUGAAGAUGCCGCCCCGGAGCAAGGUCUAACCGAAUACUGGCACCAGUUCACCCGUGAAAAGAAAGAACGCACCUGCGAUACGCUUGAAAUUGCUCUCUACGGAAAGAGGCAGAUGACAUCCGCCGGUGAUGAAAUGCAGAAGCUGGUGCAUUCCUGGAAAAGCGAAAACCCCGAUGCCGAUAAGACUGCUCUUGAGCUGGCUAUGGAGGUCACUCAAAAUGCUUCUUGGGAAAAGAUUGCCAACUUGGGCAAAGCGGCUGGAUCGGUGGUGACUGGACUCGGCUCCGAGGCCUGGGCUGAAUAUCUUGACUCGCGCAUCGAGAAGGGCGCUUUGAAGCGUGUCCCGGUGCCACUGCGUACUCCUGUGAAAGAUCUCUCGCGGAACCGAAAGUUGUUACCUUCCAUGUUCCACGCUGGGCGUGAGUUGCACAUGUUCUGA